AUGUUUCUUCUCUUUUCCUUCUCUUCUUCCUUCUCUUCAUCUUCCUCCUCCUAUUCAUUCCAUCAUCGAUGGAGGCUUCAGAUUCCUCUCAUUGUUCUCCUUCUUGUUGUACUCAUCACCAUUAACCUCUUUUCAGGUUUCACGAAUGUAUUGAACAGUCCUCCUCAUAUCGUCGUCGUGAAAGCCUUCUCAUCCUCCUCCGAUUCAUCCACUACAACCACCACCAUCACCGCAUCAUCAUCAUCAUUAAGGAGAACUUGGAUCUUUACUCAGCCUCUCUUUUAUGAUCAGAUGAAGCCUUUGAUUGAAGAAUUGAUUGGAUUUUCAUCAUCAUCAGUUUCUCAAGGAAAUUCAUCUUGUUCCAAUCAUCCGUACACGAUGAUGGAUGUUACCGUGUUGAGUCCGUACGAGGAUGUCGUGGAUUCGUUUCAACAAUAUUUACCAAGAAAAGGCUCUGUGGUUCCUUCUUCUUCUCAACAAUUCUUUCGAGUGAAAAAAUGUGGAAAAAGUAUUAAGAAGGAUCAUUAUUAUGCGAGUAUUGUGGAACAUGGAUUGAAGAAACAAACAUUCUUUGAAUAUGCGGAAUAUAUGAAGAGGGAAUGGAUGGAUCCAUAUUUGACAAAUUCAAUGUUUGUGUGUGGACAAGAAGAGUUGGAGAAGGAGGAUAUUGUGUCACCUGAUGUGGUUGUGACAGAUUGUCAUUCAAUUGGUGCCAUGGAUUUUGCAUUUGCAUUUGAAAAACCUUUGGUGAUUGUGUGUCCAACAUUGGCUUCAUUGUCACUCAUUCAACCCACUUAUUAUCAGACUGGAAAGUUUUUGCAAACUCGAUUUAACCCUUUCAAUCAAAUUUUGUUUUUGAAACUAUUGAAUGAGUUGAAAAAGAGAGGCGAAGCAACCAAUGCUCAAUGGGAAAAAUCUCUCACCUAUUCCUUGAAAUACUUGAUUGGAAAUGCAGAUUUUUCCAACUCAACAAAUUAUUACUUGCACAUGAAUAAGGAAAGUUGGAUUGGAAAAUCAUUGAAUUUUAUCGCCAACUCUUUUUCACAAGCUCAGUUUGAAGCAUUUUGGUUGAUGGAUAACAUGAUGAACAAUGCAAGAAAUCAAUACUUGCCAGGAAGAGUCCACGACACCGUUAAACCACUCGAUCUAGUGAAGCGUGGUCAUGUUUUUUACACUUCAAUUCCUGGUGUCACUGAAGACGACAACAUCAUGCUUCCUUCCAAUGCAAAAGUAGUUCCACCAAUCUUGUACACAAAACAAGUGAAGUGGAUUGCUCUUCCAGAAAAACUUUUAUCAGAGGUUAAAAAACUAGAGAAACAUAUUGAACACAAGAAUGUACUUUUGGUGAAUUUGAGAGAUAGCUUUAAAUUAAUUCUAACAUUCUUUAAUAUUUUAGAAAAGUUGGCUAAAAAGUAUGACUAUAUAGUAGUAGUGAAUAGAAACGAAGCCACAAAGAACUUGGAAUCUAAAUAUCCAAAUUUCAUCUUCUCAGAUCUCAAACUUGAAGAACGAAGUAGAAUUUUGAAGAAUCCAUCCAUCAAAUUUGUGAUCACAAGUGGAGAUUUACAAUCUUCUAUUGAGACAUUGGCUCACGAAAAACUAUUGAGCUUGAUUCCAUCCACCAUCGAAGGAUACACUGUCUCACAUUACUUGACUGAAAGUUUAAAGGUUGGAAACAUUUUAAUUCCAGCAUUAGCCACUGAAGAAACCAUUCAGAACUAUCUCUCCAACUUCUUCAUUCCUGGAAAAUUAAUUUCACAAACUGUGACGACUCGAGUCAUUUCCAACAGAUUUGUGACCGAGUCCAAUCUUGCUGUCAAGACCAUUGCAGAAUAUGUGCGUUCUUUGGCAAACACUCGAACACUUCCAAUCGCACUGGAAAGCACCAAUGAAACACUCAUGAUAGACUUGGCAGUAUUGGCAAUCUGCUUAAUACUGACUUUCCUCAUUGUCAUAUACCUGUUUUUCAAGUGGGUGAUCAUUCCUUAUGUGAAUUUGUGUCUUUACUGUUGUGGGUUUGGAGAACGAAACGUAUCGAUCGAUCUCAGUGUAAGGACAGGAGAAGAAAAACAAAAGAAAGAUUAA